AGGGGGGGUAGCAGUGGAGGGCUUGAAGGCUGCAGGGGUCCAGGAAGGAGGCCGCAAGACUAACUCGAGACCUAGACCUGGAAGCGCUUCAGGGGCGGACUUGGUGGGGCGGAGGAGGGCGUGGGCGUGUCUGGUAUGGGAUGCAGUGGAAAGGAGGGGACCCUCCUGAGCAGAUCUGUGAGUGGUUCCUUUGAGGAAUCCUCUUCCCUUUUGCCCUUUCAUUUGCUAAAGAGAGAGUCCCCAUGGUCUCUGUUCAAGUUUUGGAAACUUUCUUUUCCGGUGGGCUUAAUCUCCUACUUCAUUACAGAACUGUCCAGCGCCAUUUCUGAUACUGGGCAUAAACGUGGGGAAUAUGUCAGAAAAGAGGAAGCCGCUGCUGGGCUUCGUGGGCAAACUCCCCAGUGGGACUGCCCUUGGGAACCUAGGCAAGACGCACUGCCCUUCGUGCAUGGGGCUUUUCAAAACUCCCAGGCUCUUGCCUUGUUUGCACACAGUUUGCACCAAGUGUCUGGAGCAGCUGGAGCCCUUCUCAGUAGUGGACAUCAGAGGGGGAGACUCUGACACAAGCUCUGAGGGGUCAAUAUUCCAGGAACUCAAGCCACGCGGCCUGCAGCCGCAGAUCGGCAUCCUCUGCCCAGUAUGUGAUGCUCAGGUGGACCUGCCCGUGGGAGGAGUGAAGGCUCUAACCAUAGACCACCUGGCCAUGAAUGAUGUGAUGCUGGAGAGUCUGCGUGGGGAAGGCCAGGGCCUGGUGUGUGACCUGUGCAGCGACAGGGAAGUGGAGAAGAGGUGUCAGACCUGCAAAGCCAAUCUCUGCCAUUUCUGCUGCCAGGCGCAUAGACGGCAGAAGAAGACGACUUACCACACCAUGGUGGACCUGGAAGACUUGAAAGGCUACAGCCGGAUUGGGAAAGCCAUUCUGUGUCCCGCUCACCCUGCAGAGGAACUGAGGCUGUUCUGUGAGCUGUGUGACCGGCCCGUGUGCCGCGACUGUGUGGUGGGUGAGCACCGGGAGCAUCCCUGUGACUUCACCAGCAACGUUAUCCACAAGCAUGGGGACUCCGUGCGGGAGCUCCUCAAAGACACCCAGCCCCACGUGGAGGCCCUGGAGAACGCCCUGGCACAGAUCAAAGAGACAAGCAGUGCCCUCCAGCAGCGGGUGGAGGCCGUGGCAGCUGACGUCCGAACAUUCGCUGAGGGCUACGUCAAGGCCAUCGAGGAGCAUCGGGACAAGCUGCUGAAGCAGCUGGAAGACAUACGGGCCCAGAAGGAGAACUCCCUACAGCUGCAGAAGGCACAGCUGGAGCAGCUGCUGGCAGACAUGCGCACGGGAGUGGAGUUCACCGAGCACUUGCUGACCUGCGGCUCUGACCUGGAGAUCCUCAUCACCAAGGGGGUGGUGGUGGAGCGGCUCAUGAAGCUGAACCAAGUUGAGUACAGUGCCCACCCCAGAGUAAACGAUAAGAUCUGCUUCUCUCCCCAGGAGAAAGCAGGCCGGUGCCGCGGCUACGAAGUUUUUGGGGUCAUCAAUACCAAAGAGGUCGACCCCGCCAAAUGUGUCCUUCAAGGAGAAGAUCUCCACCGAGCCAGGGAGAAGCAGACCGCCUCUUUCACCCUGCUCUGCAAGGAUGCGGCGGGGGAGAGCAUGGGCAGGGGAGGAGACAACAUUCAAGUCGCCGUAGUCCCAAAAGAUAAGAAGGACAGUCCCGUCAGAACGAUGGUGCAAGACAACAAGGAUGGGACGUACUGCGUUUCCUUCACCCCCAAGGAACCCGGCGUCUAUACUGUGUUGGUCUGCGUCAAGGAGCAGCACGUGCAGGUGCUGUUCUUUGCUCUUGGUCUGAACACCGAAGGGCUCGCCGUUCACCAUGACCGUGAAGAAAAGGCACCGCUCACACCCAGGCGUGUUUCACUGCUGCACAUUCUGCUCCAGUGGAGGCCAGAAAACCGCUCGCUGUGCCUGUGGGGGCACCAUGCCAGGUGGGUACCUGGGCUGUGGCCACGGGCACAAAGGCCACCCAGGCCGUCCGCACUGGUCAUGCUGUGGGAAGUUCACGGAGAAGUCAGAGUGCACGUGGGCAGGUGGGCAGAACGCAGCAAGGAGUCUGCUCAGGACCGUGGCGCUCUGACGGCCACCCGGGCCGGCCUGCCGAAGCCACAUGACUCCACAGUAUCAGAGGACCCGGGCCUUGACUAAUUCUGAAGAAACGGAAAGAAUUAAAAACAAAGUGCCUUAUCUGUACUCUCGAGUUCCUCACUGAUUGCAUGUGCGAUGGCUGAGUACAAGAGGCCACCACUGUUUCUCUCAGCAGUUCUUUCUGCACCAAAGCAGGCUGCCUUCCGUUUGUGCGGGAAUGGAGGUCUCUGUGCCAUUAAACUUGGAGAUCAUGGGGAUAGUUUGCAUCCUUACUUUUUGAUAAUUAACCUUUUUUGUUGCUCCCUGAGCUACAUUUUAUAUAGGUAUUUUCCUCAGAAAUAAAAACCUCCUUUUAUCAUAUCCACUUUUCACUAGCACAGUUUUAAUGGAUUAUAAUGUGAUCUUGCUGUUGAGGUGGAAUUAUCCCUCUUCCCCCUCUGUGCCAAGUUCAUCUUGUACCCCCAGAGCCCAGAAGAUACUACUUGGUAAGGAACACACAACCAGUAGUAAGUAAAUAAA